AUGCCAGGCUCAGUAAUCCCGUUUUUAUUGCUUAUAUGUUCAACCAUACUUUCAAUUCAUACUGAUGCGUAUAAUUUUAAAUAUAUCUUCAAGUAUUUUCAUCGUCCAAAGUGUGGGUAUCAGUCGUGUAAUUUAGGGAAACCUGACCAUCUUAAUGUACAUUUGAUUCCGCAUACACAUGAUGAUGUUGGAUGGUUAAAAACAGUGGAUCAAUAUUAUUAUGGAGCAAAUAAUACAAUUCAACGUGCUGGUGUUCAAUACAUCUUGGAUAGUGUAAUUCAAGCUCUGGUAGAUGAUCCAAAUCGGAAAUUUACAUAUGUAGAAAUGGCUUUCUUUGUAAGGUGGUGGGCUGCACAAACAUUGACAAAGCGUCAAAUUGUAAAAGAUUUAGUCCAGUCAGGUCGAUUGCAAUUUGUUCUCGGUGGAUGGAGUAUGGCAGAUGAAGCUACAGUCUACUAUUCAGAUGCUAUUGACCAAUUAACACGGGGACGUGAUGUAUUAAAACAAUUGUUUGGUGAAUGCGGUCUUCCAUUAGUUGCUUGGCAGAUUGAUCCAUUUGGACAUUCACGUGAUCAUUCUGAUUUAUUUCAGGAGGCUGGUUUCGAUGCUGUCUACUUUCAGCGUAUGGAUUAUCGUGAAAAGUUGGCUCGUAAACGAUUUCAACAACUUGAAGUUUUAUGGGAUACUGGCGUAGAAAUGAAUGAAACAGGUUAUGGCUUAUUUACAGGCAUGUUUCAUGAUUCUUAUUGCUAUCCAAAAUCAUUUUGUUUCGAUGAUAAAUGUCUUGAUGAACCGAUAAGAGAUGAUCCUACUCUAGAAGGUUACAAUGUACAGUCAAGGGUUGAUGAAUUUUUGAAUUAUAUUUCUGCAAUUUCGAAAGCAUUUAAAACAAAUCAUGUUAUGGUUUUAAUGGGUUGUGAUUUUACCUAUGAAAAUGCUAAUAUGAAUUAUAAAAAUAUGGACAAAUUGAUUAUAUAUGUGAAUCAACGUCAGAAAUUAAGCGGAAGUCGGAUAAAUCUACUCUAUUCAACACCAGCGUGUUAUACAAAGGCAGUCAACGAAGAUUUCAGUAAGAUUGGUACAAUUAGUCGACGUGGUGGGGACUUCUUCCCCUAUGCUAGUGGCCCACAUUCCUAUUGGACUGGUUAUUAUACAAGUCGACCAGCAUUGAAGUACUACGUUCGACAAGCCUCAAACUUAUUGUCCAUGUGUGAACAGGUUCACCUACAUGUUGAUCGUUUAUCGGAAGGCAGAGAUUAUCAAAAACAAAUCACUACAGAUGAACUGAUUGAUGCUUUAAGACAGACACUCGGAGUCCUACAACAUCAUGAUGCUGUAGCCGGUACUGAGAAACAACAUGUGGCUGAUGAUUACGCUUGGAGAAUAUCAAGAGCUUCAAAAUUUUGCCAGCUAUUGAUCAGUCAAUCAUUGAUUAAACUACUACCAACAUUGAAACCAUUUAUCCAGAAAAACAAUAUUAUCUUCUGUGACUUAUUGAACAUUAGCUUAUGCAAUGCAACCGAAGGCUUGAAACCGCAUAUAAUUAAAUCUAACCAUGGCGGUGUAUUGAUUCUGUUGUACAACCCUUUAGGUUGGAUACAAGAGUCGACAUGGCUGCGUUUACCGAUAUAUAUUCCGGAGGAUCAUACUGAUAACUUUCAGGUUAUACUGAAAGAUCUACGUCUUUUACCACGGUCACACUCUGAUACUGGUGAUUUACAAUACCAGUUGGUACCAAUUACUGAACGUACGCUUAGUAUACCUGAAAGAAAUAGUGAGGAGCAUUUAGCGAAUUAUGAGAUCAUUUUCAAUGCUAAAUCAUUAUCACCUGUAGGAUUUAGUCUAUUCUAUCUGGCCAUCAAUCAGUCAAGUAAUUAUAAUCGUGAAUAUGUCGGUAAGAUUUACCGCCAACUAACAUCCAACUACUAUCAACAACCAACACAAUUAUUGUCAUCGAUGAUAUCUGCUCCUAGAGAAACACCACAACCAAUAUCUAGAACCACACAGUUCGAUAUCCGGUUAGAUGAAAAUACUUACAGUCAAAUUCAUAAUCCAUUAAUCAUAACUAUGACACACUUGAAAACUGGCAAAAAAAUGAAUUUAUCUAUUGACUUAUUGUAUUAUUAUGGAGAAAAUUCACAUCCACAACCGUCUGGAGCGUAUAUAUUCCUACCGAAAUAUGGUACUUUUAUACAAGCAUUUCAUACACCGACAGUGAAUGUAGUAGAUGGACCAUGUGUAAGGGAAUUCCACCUACAGUAUGCAUCAUGGGCAUCUCUAGUUGUACGUUUGUAUAAUAAUGGUGAAUUAGAAGUUGAAUGGACUGCUGGUCCAAUACCAGAUGACGGUUUUAUACACAGUCGGGAAUUAGUGAUACGCUAUACAGUGAAUAAUGGUCAUGCACUGGUAAACGAAUCAGAGGCUAUACAGACUUCAAGAAUCGCGACAGGACAUGAUUGUGUGUAUUUUGGACAACGCAUCAGUUGGCCAGUUAGUCGGCCAUUGGAUGAUAAAGAUGUGCUAAUUCUGAAGGCUUAUCAUAUAAAGAAAGGAUUACUGGAUAAUUUAUUAGGUUCUCUGUCAAUCAAUCUAUAUCCAUUGACUAGAGAUGUGCAUUCAUCGUUUCAAGAGAAUCUUGUGGAUAGUUCAUGUCAUCCAACUGGUAUAAUACUGUUAUUCGAACUCCGUUAUCAAUCACCGGACAGUACAGAAGGCGAUCUGGAUACUGAUUUGAUAAACUAUCCAUUGGCAGAUAAAGACUAUGGACUGGAGCAUGCUGAAUAUGAAAUCAAUGCGGACCAACCACCAACUCUCAAUUCAUAUGUUGAUAUAGAGGAAGAUUUGAAUCAGGUGAUUGAUCGAGAACUUGGUCUUGUGGAAGAUGAAGCAUGGGAACGAGACAGCCAUUUUUCUGCUCCUGAGAGAAGGGAUCCUCGAUUGGAACGUCUUCUUGGUCCAACUAUUUAUAAGUCUAAUCAAUUCCAGCUAGGAAUUACGGUGGUCGAAGCACGAAAACUCGUUGGAACUAAUAUCAAUCCAAUGAUUACUGUGACUGUUGGAAAAACGGUACAAAAGACUGUGAUCAAAUAUUCAACAAACUGUCCAUUUUAUGACAACUACUUUGCAUUUGAUUUUACCCGACCUAAAAUCAGUAUACUCACUGAAGUGAUACGCAUUCGAGCAUUUAAUAUGAGAUCACAUCCUUUAGCACGUUUAUUGCCCGGUAAAUUGGUCGGUGAAUUUGUUACAGACGUUCAGACAGUUUACAAUGAGAGAGAUCAUUCCGUACAGAAUAAAUGGGCAGUACUUAUUGAUCCAAAAGAUCCUUGGAAAGGUCCUACAGGAUAUGUUAAAGUUGAUAUGCACGUGGUUGAAGAAGGACAACAAGUUAAAGCUAAAACUAAAACAGAACGAUACAAUUACAAUCCAAUAUGGAAUGAAACGAUAGAAUUUUGUGAUUAUUUUCCAUCAUUUACAAGGUCAAUUAGAAUUAAUGUUAGAAAUGGUGGACUCAAAGGAGAAUUAAUUGCUACACGUCUAAUUGAUAUACGUGAUAUUAUGUGUCAUGUAGCUGGUCGCAAUUUUCCUCACUUUGGACCAUCAUGGAUUAACCUUUAUGGAACACCUAGAAUCUAUACCUACGCUCAAAUGCUACGUCCGGAAGCAGAGCUGAAUCAAGGACUCGGAGAAGGCAUCACGGAAGAUGAAGAUGUAGUUCGUAUCGGUACUAGCAAAUAUGUGGCUAGUCCUGUUUCAGAAACUGCAGCUGGAAAGAAAAGUUUAUAUUUCCUUUUCGCCAGUUUUUCGGAUGCAAGCGUUAUUGAAAGGAAACUCGGCAUGAAGAAUAAACCAAUUUCAUAUGAAAUGAGUUUCGGAAUAUACGGGAAUCAAUUGGAUGGGAAACGAGGCGGAGUGGAACCUCAAACAAUAGAAAUUAUACAACCCCAUGAUACAAGAGAACUCCAAUUGUCCUCAAGAUGGUUUACCAGAUGUUUUCAUUUCAAUGAUUAUGGAGAAUCAAAGAGUUGGUUUUGUAAGAAUCCUGCAAAAGAUAUCUAUUAUUCCGCUGUGGAUUGUGAACGAGGCAAAUGGAGUGGACAAAUGGCAACUUUAUACUUACGUAAACAAGGACGCGAAGGUGUUGGACCUAAAGGAUGGAGAAUUCAAAGUCAAAUACGCCUAUACCUAUGGCUUGGCUUGAUCAAAGAUUUUACAGUUUACAAACACGGUUUACCUGGAGGAUAUGACAAGAGUAUAUUCCAAACACACAAACCACCCAACGAAUUAGUGUAUCUUGAGAGCAGUCGUUUUCAGCUAAGAUGUUAUAUAUUCAUAGCUCGUGAUUUAAUAGCCUCUGAUGCUUCCGGUAUGUCAGAUCCAGUAGCUCGAAUACUGAUUGGAUCACAUGUACUACAGACACAAGUACUAUAUCAGACUAUGAGUCCAAUGUGGGAUGUUUUACUAUAUAAACAAGUGACAUUUUAUCAAAAUGCGAAAUCAGUAAAACAAAGUUUACAAGAACUUAUUGUCGAAGUAUUCGAUGUCGAUCCUGGUAAUGACUUAGAAUUCUUGGGACGUUGUUUCUGUGAGAUCAAUGUAACUUUAGAUGGAGAAAAGUAUAAACCACCACGCUUACAAUGGUGGCCAAUAUUUCGAGGACAAACACCGGGUGGAGAGUUGCUCGCUGCAUUCGAUUUAAUUCAGGAAGAUUCACAAGUUCCUUUCGAAAAUUUGCCAACUUUUGAACAACUAGCUGCUUACACUAAAGAAUUCGAUGAUCGUGUCAUCCUGAAAAGUAUUCCAGGCAUGUAUCUGGACGAUGAGGACGACUUGAACAGGGAUUCAGAUGUCGAAGAAGAUGAAGCACUAACCAAUCCAUUUGAUGAUGAAUACGAUGAUAUAUUCGAUACGGAGUCAGCAUUACUACUGGAUCGUGAUAGUAUUGAACAGAGGUUGAAUAAUGCAAAGCGGAAACAAAUUAAAAUUGGUAUGGCACCGCCUAAACUUGUUCUGGUCAGACGUAAAGGCGACUAUCGGAUACCAGAUAAUAUUCGUCCACCGUUACAGCGUUUCAGGAUGGAAGUACUCUUUUGGAGUGUAUGGGGUAUGGUACGUCAACAUCUACUGCCUGUGAGACGACCGCGUGUAGUAGUCGAAAUCGGUGGUCAUAAAUUAGAAUCUGAAGUAAUCAAUGAUUUAUCUAAACUACCCGUAUUUGAAACUAAACUGAAGGCUAUGGAUGUUUAUUUACCUGUAGAUGAACGGUACUGGCCGCCUCUGGUUUUCACAUGUUUUGACAAUCGUAUACUAGGCACAAAAAUAACAAUUGGAAGUCAUACAAUAUCAAAUGCGCGUGAUUAUUUAGUUUUUGAUGCUGAUAGCCAGUUCUCAGACAAUGAAAGCACAGUGUGCAUGGACAGUGAAUCAGAUGGUCCAGGAAGAUUGAAUUUCGGCUUUGGUAAGGGUGAAGAUUUAUACAGUCAGGCAGUCAGUGGUGAAAUGGUCACAUCAAAAAUGAGUGAUGUCGAUUUCGAGAGCAAGAAAUCUUAUGAUACUGCUAAAUCUAGUGCUGAACUUCUAAGUGAUGUGAAUCCCAGUUUCCAACAAUUCGGUUUAAAGUAUAAACUGCCAGAUGAAGUGGCCGAAUUGGAUGCAGUAUCUGCAGACGAUGGUAUAAUUUCUGGAGCUAUUUCUGAUAAGAAACCAACCGAAGCUCUACCAGGCCAGGCUCAUCUCGUUACAACAAAUUCUGGUCCCACACCUGAACAACUAGCCACUGCUGAUUGGUGGACUCGGUUUUAUGUCACAAUAAGAAGUGGAGAAGUUAAUUUCGAUGAAUCCCGAUAUAAAAAUGAAGUUAAUCCAUUAACAGAAUCAGAAGAUAGCGAUAUUGACCAAAAACUGGAGAAAAUUGUUGUGAAAUCAGACAGGGACUCAGAAGAAGAAGUCAUUGCUGGCAGUGGAGUACAACCAAAUUAUCUGAAGUACAAACAGAAACGAAAGUGCUGGCUAAAACGUCACAAGAAACCAAAGAAAAAACUUACCGCUUUAGAAAAACGUCAACUGGAAAUCGCUCGACGUAGAGCAAAAAUUGAGAAGAAAAAGAAGAAUAAAAACAAUAUAAAGUCAAAAAUCAAGGAGAGAUUUAUUAACUCCAAGGGAUUAUUUCAAAAAGAAUUCAUUGAUCUAAACUAUGAUAUUGAAACUCAAGAGGAUCAAAGUUGGGUAGAAACAAUACUGGUGUACCCAGUUGCUCUUGAAGAAAUCCCAGAUUUUAAAGGAUUUGAGAAACCUUUUCAAAACCUUCCAUUUUAUAAGGGAAAACAACGAGAUGAUGAUACAUCCGAAAGUCGUAUAACAGGAUUUUUCAAGGGUAAUUUAGUCAUAUAUCCAGUGAAUGAUGAUGAACCCCUACCAACUGAAAUAUCCCAACUACGGCUGUACAAAACUUUGCCAGUGAAAUCAAAGUUCAAGUUGACUGUACGAUUGUAUGUUAUACGAGCAAUUGAAUUGCAUCCAAGUGAUCAAAAUGGUAAAUCUGAUCCAUAUUUAAUUGUUUCACUGGGUAAAACUGUAAUCAAUGAUCGAGACGACUAUAAACCGAAAACUUUAAAUCCAGUAUUUGGAAAGUAUUAUGAAUUUAUUGCUCAUUUACCAAUGGAUAAUUUGCUUGGUAUACAAGUUAUGGACCAUGAAAGGGUUGGAGCGGAUACCCUGAUUGGUGAGACACAUAUUGAUAUUGAGAAUCGCUUUCAUAGUUCUCAUCGAGCCACAUGUGGUCUAAUGCCCAAAUAUUAUGCUCAUGGUUAUUGUCAAUGGAAAGAUAGUCAACAACCAACUGAAAUACUAGCAAAGCUUUGUGAUAGGUACGGUAUUCCUCAACCGGUCUACAAUAUACUGGAAAAUAAAAUUACAAUAGGCAGUGAAACAUACUAUGCCAAUACCGAAAUUCGAAAUGAAACAGGCAUAACAAUUAAAUCCGUUGAACCGUUAGCGUUGGAAGCCUUGCAUAAGUGGUCAUCUAUUACCAGCAAGGAUGCAAAACUAGUCACAGAGCAUGUGGAAACACGUUCUUUAAAACAUCCAGAUAAUCCUGGUAUAAUUCAAGGUCGACUACAAAUGUGGAUUGAUAUGUUUGAAAGGGAGGUGGCUGUCCCCCCAUCAGCAAUUGAUAUAUCACCACGUGCACCAACAGCGUAUGAAUUACGUGUUAUUGUGUGGAAUACAGCUGAGGUGAAACUCACUGAUACUUCGUUGUUCUCUUCAGAGAGAAGUUCUGAUAUUUAUGUUAAAGGAUGGAUAAAAGGCGUCGGAAUCGAUGAUCAAAAAACUGACGUUCAUUAUAGGUCGCUUUCUGGGGAAGGGAAUUUCAACUGGCGUUUCAUAUUCCCAUUCGAUUAUAUCAAAGCAGAAGAUAGAAUUAUUUAUCCUAUUAAAGGGACAUUUGAUAUAGAACCGCAUAUGAUGAAGGCUAACUGUGAGCUGACAUUACAAGUAUGGGAUGCUGAUAUUAUAACUAGAGAUAAUUUUAUCGGAUCAAUCACAAUGCGUCUUUCAUCAAUACCCCGAUGUGCAAAAACAGCCAAAAGUUGUGGUCUACACCAGUUAGAAGCUGACUGUCCUAAAUUCUCAAUGUUUAAGAAUAGAACUGCACGUGGCUGGUGGCCGGUCACCGAUGAAGAAGAUGAAGAAAUUAUUGUACAGGGUAAAGUGGAAUGUCAGUUGGAAAUGCUGAAUAGCGCUGAGGCUGAGAGCAAUCCUGCCGGUCUAGGUCGUGAUGAACCGAAUGGACUUCCGAAACCAGACCGCCCGGACAGUUCAUUUAUGAAAUUCCUCGGACCGCUGAAUACUCUUCGUUAUUUGAUCAAAUAUCGCUUAAAAUGGGUAUUGAUAAAAAUUUUGGUUAUCUUCCUUAUCUGUUUAAUUAUCUUCUUAUUCCUCUACAGCUUCCCUGGUGCUAUUGUUCAAAAAAUGGUGAACUCUUAG